AUGGGUGUAAACCUCGAAAAGUACGAUCCUGCCAGAAACCACAUUAUUAGUAAUGCUUCUUACACCAUCAACUGUCUUGUUUUACUUGCUAAGGUUAUCAACGACAACUUCACAAUCAUCGAAGGACUUAUGACUACCGUCCACGCCACCACGGCAACGCAGAAAACAGUCGAUGGCCCAUCUGGAAAGCACUAUCGUGAUGGACCUGUGGUCGAUCUCACGUGCCGUCUGGAGAAAGCGGCCUCAAUGGAUGACAAUAAGAAAGUCAUCAAGGCAGCCUCUGAGGGUCCAGUGAACGGUAUCUUGGGAUACACAGAGGAUCAGGUCGUGUCGAGUGACUUCGUCGGUGACCGCAACUCUUCAAUCUUCGAUGCGGAAGCUUGCAUCUCUCUCAACCCCAAUUUUGAAAGCUGUCAAGCUUAUUUCAUGGUAUGA